AUGCAAUGUCCCAAAGAAACAAUAGCCAGGCUAUUCUACAAUGUCUCAAGUUCUUUUCUUCUUUUAUCCUUUUUCUUCUAUUUUACUUCCAUUUUCCUUGCCAAGCUUUUCAUCUUCCUCGGAGGAAAUCCAUUUUCGCGAAGGAAUCAGGUAUAUGGAUAUGAAUUCUUUGUUUCUUCUGAUGAGGAAAUGGAAAUGGAAAUGGAAAUGGAAGAAGAAAAUGAAUAUUAUGGUACUGAUCAGCCCUAUGAAAUUAAGGAUAAUUUGAUGGCAAAUAUAAGUGAAACACUGAGGUUUGUGGCUGAAGAGGAUCAAAUCUCUGAAGGGAAGAACUUGGACUCAGAAGAAAGUUUUGAGAGUAUUGAUGAACAUGAAGAAGUAUUUAAGGAAGAGGUUCUUGUAGAAGAUACAGAUACUUCUUCUGAAGCCAAUGAUGACAACAACCCCACAUCAGAAUUUGGCAUCAACUUAGUGGCAAAUAGUGAGAACCAUCAAGACCCAUUUUGUGUCCCAGAAAAGUAUGGCAGGGAAAUUGUUGAAGAUGAGCAGAAAACUGAGAUUAAUUUCAAGCAAGAAGAAGAUUUCUUGGUUUUUCAACCACCCAAAUCAAUGAGCAAGAAAUUAAUACAAGAAAAAGAAGAAGAAGAUAUUUUUGGGGACACUUUGACCAUUGGAUCAACAUCUAAAGAUUCAUCAGAAUGGAGAAGUUCAAUUAAUUAUAGGGAUCAAUCAGGCACUGAUGAUCCAUUUUCAUCUUCAUCAAGAAGAAGUUGCCCUAAAUGGGAGUCUUACACUGUUUUCCAAAAAUAUGAUGAAGAAAUGCUAUUUUUGGACAGAAUUAGUGCCCAGAAGCUCCAUGAAACAGAAUCACUUAGAUCAAUACAGGCAUGUCCAAGAUCCAUAUCAGACAGAAUUGUUCAUAAGCUGUCAACAAAGAACAAAUAUUUAUCAGAAUUUGAUCACAACCCUUAUCAUGAACUUGAGGUUGCUUAUGUUGCGCAAAUUUGCUUGACAUGGGAAGCACUCAAUUGGAACUACAAGUACUUCCAACGCCUGAGAGCUUCCCGUCGAGAUCCCGACCCUGGAUGUCCUGCAUUGAUUGCGCAACAGUUUCAGCAGUUUCAAGUUCUUCUGCAAAGGUACAUUGAGAAUGAGCCUUAUGAAAAUGGAAGGAGGUCCGAAAUUUAUGCUCGGAUGAGGAAGUUCGCACCCAAGUUGCUUCAAGUCCCAGAAUAUCGAGAUUACUUGGAGGAGAAAAGAGAAGAAGGUUUUUCCUCAAGAAUUUCCUCAAAUUCAUUUCUUGAUAUCAUGGAAGAAUCAAUUAGGACAUUUAUGAAUUUCCUCAAAGCAGAUAGGGAAAGUCAUUGCCAAAUAUUUGCAGCUUUGUUCAAAAGAAAUUCAAGUGGUUUAGUGGAUGCAACUCUUCUUCUCCUACAAAAGAAAGUAAACAAAAAGAAAAAGGCGAAGCUCAACGAGCUGCGCCGGUCGAGGACAUGUUUGAGAAAGAGAAGAUUAAGAGCGGAGGAGGAAAUGGAGAUUUUAAUGGCUUUAAUAGACCUGAAAGUGGUGUCUAGGGUUUUGAGAAUGAAAGAUUUGAAUGAUGAACAGUUGCAUUGGUGUGAAAACAAGAUGAGCAAAGUGAAAGUCUAUGAUGGGAAACUACAAAGAGAUUCUUCGCCACUUUUUUUCCCUGCACACUGA